AUGUCACCAGCAGCAGAUUUAGCAAAACAAGCAGAAAAAUAUACUGAAUUAAAAGAAUAUUCUAAUGCAAUUGAAGCUCUAACAAGAGCUCUUAAGGAGAUUCCUACAUCUAUUGAUUAUCAUAUUAAACGAUCAACAGCACAUCAUUGUAAUAAACAAUAUAAAGAAGCACUUAAAGAUGCAGAAGCAGCAGUUUAUUUAGCCCAUUUAAAGGGUAAACGGGAACAAAAAGGAUUAGCCCAACUGCGUAGAGGUAUUACACUAUUUCAGUUAGGACAACUAGGAAACAGUUAUUUUGCAUUAAAAAAGGCAGAGGAAGCAAUUCCAGAUAAUAAUAUGUUAGCAUCUUGGCUUUUAAAGGCGAAAAUAGCAUUAGAAAAUGUGGAAGGCGAAAAAGAGUGCACUAUUUUAGAGAAGCCGGAUUUAAAAGACCUUGAUCACUUUUUACAAACUGAAAUUAAAAAAAUAGAAGUUGUAGAACUCCCAGUUGAAACAAAUAUACAAAAAAUGUCUCUUCAUGAAAAGGAAAAACAAACUAUAAGACAUGAAUGGUAUCAAAAUGAUGAUACUGUUACAAUUAUUUUGUAUGCAAAAUCAGUAGACAAAAAUACAUUGAAAAAGGAAUUUAAAGAAAAAUCAUUAUCUGUAUCAUUUUUUCUACCAGUCACUCAAGAAAACUAUACUUUCGAACUUCAUCAUCUUUUUAGUGAAAUUGAUGUUUUAUCAUCUACAUUUAGAAUAUAUAACACAAAAAUUGAGAUAAAAUUGAAAAAACGUUACCCUGAAAAAUGGUUAACUCUUGAAACAGAAAUUUCAAAUAUCCAAACAAUUGAUAAAAACUCAAGCAAAUUCAAUAUAUAUCCAUCUUCCUCCAAAUAUGGAUCGAAAGACUGGGAUUUACUUUCAAGAACUAUGAUUACAGAAAAGGAAGAAACAGGAGAUGCUGCACUUAACAAAUUAUUUCAAGAAAUUUAUGCCAAUGCAGAUGAUGAUACAAAACGGGCAAUGAUGAAAAGUUAUAUAGAAAGUAAUGGAACUGCAUUAAGUACCAAUUGGAAAGAAGUUGGCGCGAAAAGAGUAGAGGUUCAACCUCCAAGCGGAAUGGAAGUAAAGCCUUGGUAUCAUUAA